GUGUGUGUGUGUGUGUGUGUGUAUCCCAUACAGGAAGUCAUGUGAUGCAGCCUAAAGCCGAACACCUGUUAACAGCAGCAGUCAGAGCAGGUGUGUGAUAAGCACAAAGCAUGUUCCUCUUUAUCUGAUAUUACUGCGCCGUGAACGCCUCACCCGCAGCUGAGUUUACCCUCAGUGUCCUCUUUAGGCCAGUUUUUCCUAAUUUCAUCAAAUUAAUAAUCGGUAAUAAUUUUUAAUGUUGAUGCUGGAAGCGGUUUUGUACCAAGUAAGAGUCCUUACUGUCUCACUUUGGGGACCUCAGGUGUAGUACAAAGUGUUCCUCGCGGGCAUGGGGAGAUUUUGGGCAGCUGAGAGCGCAUCCACUCCUUCACUAUAAAGUGUAGAUGAGCAAAGGGUUAAAAGAGGCGCAGCUAGACGCCGGUGGAGCUGAAGUCAUCCGGCAGAGCGCACAGCGAGGAGGAGGAGAGACACAGAGAACACCUCCAAAAACACACAUCUAGGACGACUCGAGCUGCGGAUCUGCGCUCUGCUCCUUUUCCGUUAACCAUCAUUGUGUUCCUUCUCUCUCCCAGUCCGGCACAGACAUCCAGAGGCGCAGAGAGGAGGUGGAAUGAGAAACAAAUAAAAAAAAAAAAAAAAGCAAACGCGCAGCCCAGCGCCCCAACUAUGGCUCCAACGACGCUCGUCGGGAAGCUCGCCCAGCCUGCCUCACAGGAGCGGGCUGUAGUGCAGGAUGAGAGGUCUGCUGCGCUCCGCCGAGUGUGAGACCAGGAGGAAAUAUCACCUGACAGGCGGCCCUCCCCUCGGGGGACAGAAACAGACACCCUCGCUCCUCUCAACCUGGAAACUGGAGGCUGGAAACGGCCCAGAUCUGCCGUGCGUACAGUGCGCCUCCUUUCCAGAACUCUCCUGUGCUCACUUUCUCCUGGAGAGCAGCGAGGAGCAGCAGCAGCGUCUCUGAGCAACUUGGGGGAAACUUUGGCCCCCGGAUUACCUGUCAGUGCUGAGUGUCCAUGCGGGGAGCGCAGUGAGCAUCGUGCGCUCUGCUGCUGCUGCUGCUGGAAACGGUGAGACAUCAAUAAAAGUCCCGCAAAGUCUCGCAAAGUCCAGGGGCCACCGCAGCGAAGAUGCCGGUCCGGAGGGGCCAUGUGGCUCCGCAGAACACCUUCCUGGACACCAUCAUCAGGAAAUUCGACAGUCAAUGUCGCAAGUUUGUCAUCGCCAACGCAAGAGUGGAGAACUGCGCCAUCAUCUUUUGCAACGACGGCUUCUGUCACAUGUGCGGUUACUCACGUGCUGAGAUCAUGCAGAAGCCGUGCACGUGUAACUUCCUGUACGGACCUGACACCAAGCGACUGGCCAUCGCACAGAUGGCGCAAGCCCUGCUGGGAUCGGAGGAGAGGAAAGUGGAGAUCAACCUGUACCGCAAAGAUGGUCAGUGCUUCCUGUGCAUGGUGGACGUGGUGCCAGUGAAGAACGAAGAUGGCGUGGUGAUCAUGUUCAUCCUCAACUUUGAGGUCAUGUCAGAGGAAGCACUCCGAGACCACAAACAGGAGCUCAACCACCGCCUGCCCACCUGGCUUGUCACUGGUCGUCCACGAGGCUUCAAGCUGCGUCUUCCCCUGCUGCACUCCUUGUCCAACAGCAAAGUGUCUCUGAACGACGCAGAGGCCGGUCGCAUUCCCACCGCUACGCCCCUGCCGCUGCACCCAGAGCACCAGAGUCAAGAGUCCCUCGGCCUGGGGGAGUUUCUGCCUCUGCCCCCUUUACCACUAAACCACCAGGAGCAGAUCAGUGGAAGCAGGUCAGCGCUACAGAGUUGGCCAGAAGACCGCCAAGAGGACCAGCGCACCUUAUUGGGCCCUGACCCUUCUGUACCCCCUCCUCCUCCUCCUCCGCCUCCCCACAGAUCCCACCUCGCGGGUCCCCUCACCCAGUCGUCACCUUGCGUAGCGCCUCACCACCGCCUCAGCCUCAACCCGGACGCCUCGGGCUCCAACUGCUCCUUGUCGCACAGCCGCUCGCGGGAGAGCUUCCACAGCAUGCGUCGCGCAUCCUCCGUAGACGAGAUUGAGGCCAUGAGGCCCGACUGGGACCGAAAGAACCGCAGAGCGAGUGUCCGGCCCGGCAGCAGCAGCACGGGUGCAGUAAACAGUAAGUCCAACAUAUUGAACUCCACGUCGGACUCGGACCUCAUGCGGUACCGCACCAUUUCCAAAAUUCCUCAGAUCACCCUCAACUUUGUGGAUUUCAAACCUGACCCACUCAUCGCCCUGCCCAGCGGGGAGAUGGACAUCAUAGCUCCCUGCAAGCUCAUCGACCGGACGCACCAUGUCACAGAGAAAGUCACACAGGUGCUGUCUCUGGGUGCAGAUGUGUUGCCAGAGUACAAGCUGCAGGCUCCUCGCAUCCACAAGUGGACAGUGUUGCACUACAGCCCAUUCAAGGCAGUGUGGGACUGGCUCAUCCUGCUGCUGGUCAUUUACACCGCCAUCCUGACGCCCUACUCAGCCGCAUUCCUCCUCAGCGACCAGGAAGACGCAGCCAUGCAGGGUUGUGGUUACUGCUCUCCUCUCAACGUGGUGGACCUCAUAGUUGAUAUCAUGUUCAUUAUUGACAUCCUCAUCAACUUCAGGACAACAUAUGUGAACACUAACGAUGAGGUGGUGAGCCAUCCAGUGCGUAUUGCCGUCCACUACUUCAAAGGCUGGUUCCUCAUCGACAUGGUGGCUGCUAUUCCCUUUGACCUGCUCAUCUACCGUAACGGGGAGGAGACCACCACUCUGAUUGGCCUGCUGAAAACCGCCCGUCUCCUGCGAUUGGUGCGUGUAGCCAGGAAGCUGGACCGCUACUCGGAGUACGGCGCGGCUGUACUCUUCCUCCUCAUGUGCACCUUUGCCCUCAUCGCUCACUGGCUGGCCUGCAUCUGGUACGCCAUUGGUAGUGUGGAGAGGAAUGGUUCAAUCGGCUGGCUCCACACGCUGGGGGACCAACUGGGAAAGCACUACAACAGCUCUGUCCUAGGUUCAGGACCCUCCAUCAAAGACAAGUACGUCACAGCUCUGUACUUCACCUUCAGCAGCUUGACCAGUGUGGGAUUUGGAAACGUGUCCCCAAACACCAACUCUGAGAAGAUCUUCUCCAUCUGUGUCAUGCUCAUAGGAUCCCUGAUGUACGCCAGUAUCUUCGGAAACGUGUCAGCCAUCAUCCAGCGGCUGUACUCGGGGACGGCCCGCUACCACACCCAGAUGCUCAGAGUCAGGGAGUUCAUCCGCUUCCACCAGAUCCCCAACCCGCUCAGGCAGAGGCUGGAGGAGUACUUCCAGCACGCCUGGUCCUACACCAACGGCAUCGACAUGAAUGCUGUUCUGAAAGGUUUCCCAGAGUGUCUCCAGGCGGAUAUCUGCCUCCAUCUGAACCGGACGCUGCUGCAGAACUGUAAGGCUUUUAAAGGCUCCACCAAGGGCUGCCUCAGGGCGUUGGCCAUGAAGUUCAAGACCACCCACGCACCCCCGGGUGACACGCUGGUCCAUGCCGGGGACGUCCUCACAGCCCUCUACUUCAUAUCCAGGGGAUCCAUAGAGAUACUGAGGGGAGACGUGGUGGUAGCCAUCUUGGGGAAGAACGAUAUCUUCGGCGAGCCUAUUAAUCUGUAUUCUCGACCGGGUAAAUCCAAUGCUGAUGUGAGGGCUCUAACCUACUGCGACCUCCAUAAAAUCUUCAGAGAAGAUGUUCUGGAGGUGCUGGACAUGUAUCCUGAGUUUGCAGACCACUUCUGGAACAACCUGGAAAUCACCUUCAACCUCCGAGAUACCAACAUGAUCCCAGGCUCGCCAAGCAGUGAUGACUCCAACUGUGGGGGAUUCAACAAAUUACGCAGACGCAAGCUCUCAUUCCGAAGACGAACAGAAAAAGAUGAUGCAGAUGCUGGAGAAAUUAAAAAGUCCCACAAGUCUGUGAGACGGAGACAGAAGGAAGCAGCCAACAACCAAAAACAGGAGGAGGCAUCUAAGCGGCAGUGGCAGGCACAUCGAAGCUCGGUGUCUUCACACUCCAGUGGUGAUGAGGGGGAGGAGUCAAUAGUGACCAGACUCGCCCCACCUCCAGCAAUGCUGGAGAACCCGCUGGCUCAGGCUGUGCCCAGGAAUUUUAAUGAGAACACAGAAGGCGAUGGAGAUCCCAAAACUGGGAACACGUGCAACGCCCUGUCAGGUGCAUUCUCAGGUGUGUCUCACAUCUUUAAUUUCUGGGGGGAGAGUCGGGGGGGUGGGCAGUACCAGGAAGUUCCCAGCUGCAGCCUGGCCUCCCCGCCACCACUCAACACGCCGCUGCACAGCCUGAGCCGACAGCAGCGCAACCAGCUGGACACACGCCUGGACCUGCUGCAGAAACAGCUCAACAGGUUGGAGAGUCGCAUGUCAACGGACAUCGGAGCAAUCAUGCAGCUGCUGCAGAGACAGAUGGCCCUGGUUCCUCCUGCCUACAGCGCUGUCUCAUCACCACCUCAGGUCUCACCUUACCCUGGUCCCGGCCCAGGUCCAGGUCCAGGAGAGAGACUGGUCCAGCCUGUUACGCCUCUGGAGACAGACCCCUUGGGCUCCUUAUCACAGAUCUUGGAUUCCCAGGACUUUGAGGAGUUCCCGGCCAAGCCUCUCGACUCCCUGCAGCCCCAGGACUCCCCACUGAUCCACACCAGCCAGAGCCAGCUCGCUCCCUCCGGACUGGACAGCCUGGGGCAGCAUCUGGAGUUGGAGCUGGGACUGGGCACUGGGGCUGGAGUCAUUUCAGGGCCAGCUGUAGGUUCAGGUGUAGGGAUAGAUUUAGGGAGUGGGGCAGCAGUGGGGUCAAGCUUAGGAGCAGGGUUAGACUUUGGUUCAGGGGUAUGUUUAGGGUCUGGGGUUGGACCAGCCGUGGGAACGGAGGUACCUUCCCUGGAUCUAGAAACCCAAAGGAGGCUGUCCCUACAAGAACCACAGACACCUCUGGACUCACGGACACCACAGAGACACAGCUCUGACCCGGGGGGGAGCUAAGGAAGAGGUGAAGGGGGAGGAGAGGGGGAUGGAGGGAGGGACACAGAGAAAGAACGACAGCGAUGUUUUACCCCUUCUGUUUCCACUGUUCCUCAUGGCACUUUGGAGAUCAAGAGGCACCUACUGUACCUACCACAAAAACUUUUUAGGGCACCCAGCUACUGUAUCUUCACCGCUGAAAUUUCACCUCUGACCUCUUCAGAAAGGACACCUGGAUCAGAGAGAGUGAAGCCAGGCAGGCGGGGGGGUCAAAGAAAGGAUCGAGGCCUCUCUCUGUCUCUCUUCCACAAGUCCCCCCUCUCUUCUUAUAAAACAUCAGGAGCUUUCUGAACUCCACAAUGGUACAACCUUUAACCAAAACCACAAACAGAGCAGAGAGGAGCUCUGCCACUUAAUGAACACAGUCCAGCCAGGUCGACCCAGACCGAUCCGGUCUGGACCUCUCAGUCGUCUGCCGAAGGUUGACGCGUCACACACAUAACUGACUGCUAUCCUGUAGAAGAAUCCCUUUACUGCUGUGUCCAGUGUUGGAUGACUGACGAGAACGAGACAACAACGGACAGAAUAAUGACGAAACAAGUAGCCAUUUACGUCUUGCACUGAAAAUCCUAUUGAUAUAAUGAUUAUUCUAUUCUAUAUGUCCGUGGCGCUUCCGAUAAACUCACAAACUGGUUGGUAAAUUGUAGUGUUAGCUGGCCUAACAGGAAACCUGCUGUCCCGUUCUGUCAUUGGUUCCUUCCCCCCUGAUGUCCUGCCCCAAGAGGCGGAGCUAACGCUUCCCCCUUCCCAAGAGCACACUGGAUUGGCUGGUUUGCACCUCAGGGGUGGGAACUGGAGGGUUAAAAGCCAUGAAUUUUCUCGAUGAACAUAUCAGCUGCCCUAUCAUAAGCAUUGUACAGAUUUGCUAGUGAGUGAAGAACACAUGGCAUGCUUGGGCAGCGUCACAAACAGGUAAACUGGCAAACUUACAAGUUUACCACGAGAACAGCGCACCAAAAACAGCUCACUAUAAACAACGACACAAGCAGGAAACCCCAGUUUACUAAUUCCAUGAGCUAUGAGUUGUGACCUUGUAGAGAAACAGAGACGCUACAAUGAUAUGCGACAUGACACUGGCCUGCUUUUAUUUCUAAAAAUCAAAGCACAUGCAUAAAGGAAAAAAAGGUUGAGUGAUUCUAGUUUAUCAUAGUUGAAUUUGCUACCUCAGAUUUCAUCGAUCCUUACUUUUGUUUUUUCACCUGAGCAAGCGCCCAGAAUGCUUUCACACGCUUGUACAUACAAGUUCGUCACAUGAUCCAUAAAUAUACAAGUUUGCCAGUUUACAAUGACCAGCCGAAUGCGCCAUUAUUCUAUGUACAGUACAAUAUGCAAACACUGGCAAGAAGAGAUGAGUGAGUGUGCUUUAAUCUUAUUACGUGUGUGUGAAAAGUUCAGGUCUAAACCUUUAUACGUGUUUAAUGUUUGUCCUCGUUUGCAGAGCAUGGCGUAUAGUGCGUUUGCUUUCACACACUGUAGAGGGUCACUGGAUUGUAAUGUUUAGGACAAAUAUGUUUUCUUUGCCCCAAACUGAUUUUAGCAGCUUUUUCAAAUUAUGAAUUAUGAUGAAGUGUUUUUUGAAUCUAGACAGCACAAAUAAAACCCUUUAUAAUGUAGGUUUUGAAAUACUUAGGAGGUCAUCCAAGAAUUUUCAAUACUACAGCAGGAGACACUGUACUUAAGCACCACUGUUUUAGGGACUACGUCGUGUUAACUUAAGCCCAUUACCUCCCAUUUUGAAGUUCUCAUAAACAUCUGAUCCUUGUCAUGUCAUGUUAGCAGGCCACCAACACAGUAACGCAGAUUCUCCGAGGUAUAGAGAUGCACAGAUGCUGAGAACUUCACCACACUUUACUUAAGCCCCGUUUCCACCCAGCAGUACGGUUCAGUUCAG